AUGCCUAAGCGGGUGCAGAAGAUCUUCGCCGUCCUGGCGUUGCUGCUCGGUGCCACGGCCACCGUCGUGGAAUCAAGUGUCUUCACCUCCGCGGUGUACUCCGCCGCAAGGGCGUUCCACUUCCACCAUCGCCGCGCCGUGUCGGCCGCCCAGCCCACCGCCGGCCAGUCGAUCUCGCCCGUGCAGCCGCCGAGCGCGCAGCCGCCUUCUAGUUCUAGCCCCGUCGUGGCGCCUGUGCCGUCGUUGUCGCAGCAACCGGCUCCGUCUCCGCUCAUGGCCGUCGCACCGGCACCGGCGCCGGUGACGCCGGUGCUCUCCCCCGCGACGGCACCCGCGCCGGCCCCCAGCACGCCGUCGCCCGCAAUUCCAGCGCCGCCGACGCCCGCCCCAGCAGCAGUGGCCCCCGUGAUUCAGUCUCCAGAGCCACCUGGUAAGCCGUGA